GCAGCCAGCAGGCAGGCGAAGAGCAGUCCAAGGUGGUCUGUGAGUGAGAAAGCAUCAUAGCAGUGUAGCGUGCGCUCGAACAUCCGUGAGGCUUUCACGCAACGUGGAUUUCUAUCCGAGGAACAGCAAACACCUGCCGUCGGCACACACACGCACACACAUACACACACACACACACACAUCGCCGUCGGCGUCGCAUAACCGCCCGCUGUGUUUCCUUCUCGUUGUUCGUCACGGUAGAGAGUGAUAACGGGAGCGAAGUGUCGUAAGCACAGUGUCGUAGUCACACACGCACGUGGACGCUCACACACACCAUGGCACAGUCGUUACUGCGCCUCGGCAGCCGCCGCGCUCUGCUGACGUCACGCGCCGUACAGCUGACGCCCGUCGCCGGCUACCACGCCCGUGAGAAGGUCGGCAACCGAGACAUCGUCGGCUUCGGGCACAACGGCGAGCCGACGUACGAGGACCGGCCCGACUACCCGUGCCCCGCCGUGCGCUUCCACGAGAACAGCGCAGACGUGCUGACGAUGCGAGAGCGCGAGAAGGGCGGCUGGAAGGAGCUGAGCCUCGACGACAAGCGCGCCAUCUACCGGGCGUCGUUCUGCCAGACCUUCUCCGAGAUGCAGGCGCGCAACACGGGCGAGUGGAAGUCGGUGGCGGCCGGCACGCUGCUCGGCAUCACUCUCGCGCUCUGGCUCACCAUCUGGAUGAAGAAGUUCGUCUACGAAGAGAUGCCGACGUCGGCGACGAGCGACGUCUGGAAGGAGAAGUCGCUGAAGCGGGUCAUCGACCAGCAGCAGGGCAUCAUCGAGGGCCUCGCCUCCAACUGGGACUACGAGAAGAAGCAAUGGAAGGAGUAGAGAUGCGUGACGCCAUCUAGCGAGGGAGGCGGACUGCAUGCAACGGGGUUGUGUUUGGUCGUCGUCGUCGUCGUCGUCGUCGUCGUCGGCGGCGGCGAUGGUGGUGGCGGCGGUCGGAUGUGACGACGUUUUUUUCUGUUUCGGCCGACGACGGAGUACCUCAUGCCGACGACGCGUGGAUUGCGACUGUUAGAUCGCCCGCGCGCUGUGCUGUAGAGUGAGUAAAAUUGGGAGUAAUUUGAGUAAAAUUAGGGAGGGGGUUGUGUGGAGUGAGAAAUACCGGUGGUUGCGUUACUCAAGAGCGUCUGCUCCCUCCUCCCCCGCCUCUCGCGAAAAUGGACCGAUCACGUGAUGCCGAAGCCACGCAGCCAUGUUUGGGUCUUCAUCAUCACCAACGUUCGGUUCGUUUGGCUUUCAUAGGAAAUUACCCGCGCACCGUUGUCUUCAAGCGACGGUGCUCUAGUGAAUUAUAACAACGGUGUUAUCGACUACUGUAACAAGGCGUUUAUCGACUACUGUACAAUGCAAUAUAGGCAAAAUAAAUGUUGGCGAUCUUGAUAUUACAGA